AUGGAACAUGUAUCCCUCCCGGAAUACCACAGCACAAUAUCGGCUCGUCCAGGAUACAACCGCGCAAUCGGUUCAAACGUCUCCUUCACUCCAUUCGGAUCAAUGUAUCCUCAUGCAACGAUUUUAGCGUCUGGAGGUGGACGAAUUCUGAAGACGGUAACAGAGAUCGGUUCAUCGUCGAUUCAUAGCAGCGGUCUUUCACCGUUCGGUCAGAAUGCCGCUUCUACGAUUCGCGACACGCGUGAACGCGAAAAGAAGGAAAUGAGCGAUUUGAAUGACAGACUUGCUUCAUACAUCGAAAAGGUGCGCUUCUUGGAAGCUCAAAACCGUAAGCUCGCCGCAGACCUGGAUUUACUCCGUGGACGUUGGGGCAAAGACACAAUGAGCGUCAGAACGAUGUACGAAGGAGAAUUACAGGAGGCACGCAAACUCGUAAACGAUACGAAUAAACAACGCGAAGAUCUGGAAAAGGAAAUUAGAAAACUUUUGGACGAUCUAUCGGAAUACAGACGCAGAACAACAAUAGAACAUAGCGACUUCCUGUCAUCAGUUACUUCUCGACCUGAGAUCAGCAAAGUGUUUGAAAAGAUGAGAGGGGAUGAGAACAGCCUUAUCAAAUGA